GCGAAAUGUCGUCUGGUUUGACCCACGGUUUUCGAUGGGGAAUUCAGUUUCCAAUCGUUCAAGCUUGAGUGAAGCUUCCGAGGGGAAACGUUGUGUGUACACUUCUCGUGCGAUCAAUAAAUCACGCGUAUUAGAUAUUGAUCCUCGCUCGCCUUCUGAGGGCAUUGUCCGGACUCCCAUCCAAGUCGACCAGACAAAUGAUAUUCAAUUCGAUGGCAUUAGGUUCUCGAAAAAUGGUGAUUGUGUCGUCGAGACUGUCCACCAUGACACAGCUAUUGAACUGAGCAACUUUGAAACUUUGGAUUGCGUGUUGACGGAAGAUGAUUCUCUCCACGGAACUCAUCUAGGUGAUGAAGGUACUGCCGCUCUUUCGGAUACAGAAUUAACCACUAGGAGAAAGAAACACACUGAUUUAUCCUCUCAGAACCAACCGUCACGUGCUCGUUUGUCCUGGGUCGAACGUUUUAGCAAGCGCAAGUCCAGCUACGAUUCACCUAGCCUUUUUGUUCGAUUGAGACAAAAGAAUAACUACGAAAAGCAAAAAACCUCUCGUCAACUCUGCCAACACGGUGACGGCUCAGAUGCUGCACACACACAUGCUUCAAAAACCGUUGCCACGUGACAAAGUUAAUCACGUUAUUCCUUACUUUAUCGUCUUUCUUCAGUGCACUUAUGAUUCCUCUCUAUGUGUAUUUAUUUGCCAAAGGUAUCACUGCAGGAUUUCACGCACUGUGCAACCCAAUUCGCCCCUAGACUUGUACUCUUAUUCGAUAUUUGGUUGUCCGGAUCUUCACACUCUUAUCCUGUCUCGCUUGAUGAUGAUAUCUGACCUUACUCCGUCUUCAUUUUCAGUUCACGCCCAUUGUAUCGAUGAUUGUCGCAUGACUACAUCAGUUCUGGCCACACGCUUUCCAUAACUGUCCUUACCGCGUCGUGUUACUCGUGGCACAGUUUUUAUCCGGCCUGGAUAGGGUACAUAUUAACAUACACUGUGUUAGAUCUCUCCAUUUCUGUGCGAUCCCCGCAAGUUCCUGAUCACAACCAAAAUCAGAAGUCGACGAUUCGGCGCGAAGCUGUGUUGCAGGACCUGUUACUGAAGCUAGUGAAGGUAAUGUGAGACUCAACAAAUAUCUAUGUCAACCUGUGUGUGUCCAAGUUUUAGGGUAGCCAGUUCAGCUGCCAGCAUGAGCAGUUUAUUUCUGCUCUACCAAAGAGGAGGUAAACACUGUCACUUGUGAGACUUGAAUGUUCCAGAAACGAAU